AUACUGUAUAUGCAAUGCAUUUAGGUUGUACAGGAUAACGUAAAAGGAAGAUUGGGAUCAGUCACAGGAGCACACUUUAUAAUCCGGUCAUCCAUCUGAAUCCGUGAGAUGAAGACCCAGCAUCCCCUCCAUGUUGCCACCCCAGUGAGGCAGAGCCUCGCCUUGACCAAAGUGGCCGGGACAAGUAUUUACCUCAAACUGGACUCAUCUCAGCCCACUGGAUCUUUUAAAAUAAGAGGCAUCGGACACCUUUGCAAAACAUGGGCAGAGAGAGGAUGUCAGCGUUUUGUCUGCUGUUCUGGUGGAAAUGCUGGUAUGGCAGCUGCUUAUUCUGCACGUCAGCUCGGGAUACCUGCUACCAUUGUUGUCCCCAGUGUGACACCAAACCCCACAGUGGAGAGGCUGAAGGACGAGGGAGCCAACGUGGUCAUUCAUGGAAAGGCUCUUAAUGAAAGUAUUGAAUAUGGACAGCAGCUUGUUGCUAACAACCCCGGAUGGAUAUUUGUCUCUCCCUUUGACGACCCCCUCAUCUGGGAAGGACACACAUCACUUGUAAAGGAGCUGCAGCAAGACCUGAGGGAGAAGCCAGGAGCGGUAGUGCUGUCGGUUGGAGGCGGUGGCCUGCUCAAUGGAGUGGUGGAAGGCCUGCGUCGUGCUGACUGGGCUGAUGUGCCCAUUAUAGCCAUGGAAACCGUGGGCGCCCACAGCCUCAACGCAGCCAUGAAGGCUGGAGAGCUGGUCACUCUACCUGCUAUUACCAGUAUUGCAACAACAUUGGGUCUGACCCGAGUGUCUGCGCAGACUAUGAUACUAGUUGAAGAGCACACAGUUUUCUCAGAAGUAGUCACAGACCAGGAGGCUGUAAAAGCUGUUGAACGCUUCGUAGAUGAUGAGAAGAUCCUGGUGGAACCUGCCUGUGGCGCUGCCCUCGCAGCUGUGUACUGUGACAUUAUCAAAAGGCUGCAGGAUGAGGGCAAACUGUCCAAGGACCUGGGCCCUGUGGUGGUUGUGGUGUGUGGCGGUAACAACAUCAGCAUGGAGCAGCUCAGGAGGCUGAAAAAACAGCUUGACAUUAUUUAGCAUGGUGAAUGAGUUUAGUUUUUUUUGUUAUCUUUACUCCAAUGUCCCACCAGCUGAUCACUAAAACUUGUAUUGAUGUGCUCCAUUGACCAAAUCAUUCCAAACACUCCAGAGCACUGAGACUGAUAUGUUUAGAUGAGAUUUGCUGGAAGGAUGUCUUCAUGUAUAAAUGUAGUAUUUUAAAUAUUGCUGGAGAACAAAAAUGUACAGACACAUUAAGGUUGCAUUUGUAUCUAGCAUGUUUGCUUUGUAAAAGUGCUUAUAUAUUGAUCUCCUGCUUUUGUACUUAAAAUAUAUUUAAAAUGAAUAAAAUGUUAUUUCCGA